CUGGCGGCCCGGGCCCCGGGGGCCUGCAACCCGGCCAGCGGGUGCUCUACAAGCAGUCGAUCGCACAGCGCGCGCGGACCAUGGCGCUGUACAACCCCAUACCGGUCAAGCAGAACUGCUUCACGGUCAACCGCUCGCUCUUCGUCUUCAGCGAGGACAACGUCGUCCGCAAAUACGCCAAGCGCAUCACCGAGUGGCCUCCCUUCGAGUACAUGAUCCUGGCCACCAUCAUCGCCAACUGCAUUGUGCUGGCGUUGGAGCAGCACCUCCCUGAUGGAGACAAGACGCCCAUGUCCGAGCGCUUGGAUGACACGGAGCCCUAUUUCAUCGGGAUUUUUUGUUUUGAGGCGGGGAUCAAGAUCAUAGCCUUGGGCUUCGUUUUCCAUAAGGGCUCCUACCUGCGGAAUGGCUGGAACGUCAUGGACUUCGUGGUGGUCCUCACGGGGAUCCUUGCCACGGCUGGAACUGACUUUGACCUGCGAACACUGAGGGCUGUGCGUGUGCUAAGGCCCCUGAAGCUUGUGUCUGGGAUUCCAAGUUUGCAGGUGGUGCUCAAGUCCAUCAUGAAGGCCAUGGUUCCGUUGCUGCAGAUUGGGCUGCUUCUCUUCUUCGCCAUCCUCAUGUUUGCCAUCAUUGGCCUCGAGUUCUACAUGGGCAAAUUCCACAAGGCCUGUUUCCCCAACAGCACAGAUGCGGAGCCUGUGGGUGACUUCCCCUGUGGCAAGGAGGCCCCAGCCCGGCUUUGUGAGGGCGACACCGAGUGCCGGGAGUACUGGCCAGGACCCAACUUCGGUAUCACCAACUUUGACAACAUCCUGUUUGCCAUCUUGACCGUGUUCCAGUGCAUCACCAUGGAGGGCUGGACCGACAUCCUCUACAAUACAAAUGAUGCAGCUGGCAACACCUGGAACUGGCUCUACUUCAUCCCGCUCAUCAUCAUUGGCUCCUUCUUCAUGCUCAACCUGGUGCUGGGUGUGCUCUCAGGAGAAUUUGCCAAGGAGCGAGAACGGGUAGAAAAUCGCCGUGCCUUUCUGAAGCUCCGCCGGCAACAGCAGAUUGAGCGGGAGCUGAAUGGGUACCUGGAGUGGAUCUUCAAGGCUGAGGAAGUCAUGCUGGCUGAGGAGGAUAAGAACGCGGAGGAGAAGUCCCCUCUGGAUGCAGUGUUGAAGAGAGCUGCCACCAAGAAGAGCCGCAAUGACCUGAUCCAUGCUGAGGAGGGUGAGGACCGGUUUGUGGACCUCUGUGCGGUUGGGUCCCCUUUCACCCGCACCAGCCUGAAGAGUGGGAAGACAGAGAGCUCAUCGUACUUUCGGAGGAAGGAGAAGAUGUUCCGGUUCUUUAUCCGACGCAUGGUGAAGGCGCAGAGCUUCUACUGGGUGGUGCUGUGUGUGGUGGCCUUGAAUACGCUGUGUGUGGCCAUGGUACACUACAACCAGCCGCAGCGGCUCACCACGGCGCUAUACUUUGCAGAGUUUGUUUUCCUGGGUCUCUUCCUCACAGAGAUGUCCCUGAAGAUGUAUGGCCUGGGGCCCAGAAGCUACUUCCGGUCUUCCUUCAACUGCUUUGAUUUUGGGGUCAUUGUGGGGAGCAUCUUCGAAGUGGUGUGGGCUGCAGUCAAGCCGGGAACCUCCUUUGGGAUCAGCGUGCUUCGGGCUCUCCGCUUGCUGAGGAUCUUCAAGGUCACAAAGUACUGGAACUCCCUGCGUAACCUAGUGGUGUCUCUGCUCAACUCCAUGAAGUCCAUCAUCAGCCUUCUGUUCCUGCUCUUCUUGUUCAUCGUGGUCUUUGCUCUGCUGGGGAUGCAGCUGUUUGGGGGACAGUUCAACUUUCAAGAUGAGACUCCAACGACCAACUUUGACACCUUCCCUGCUGCUAUCCUCACUGUCUUCCAGAUCCUGACAGGAGAAGACUGGAAUGCAGUGAUGUAUCAUGGGAUUGAGUCACAAGGUGGGGUCAGCAAAGGAAUGUUCUCCUCCUUUUACUUCAUUGUCCUGACGCUGUUUGGAAACUAUACCCUGCUAAAUGUCUUCCUGGCUAUUGCUGUGGACAACCUCGCCAACGCCCAGGAACUGACCAAGGAUGAAGAGGAAAUGGAGGAAGCAGCCAAUCAGAAGCUUGCUCUGCAAAAAGCCAAGGAAGUGGCUGAAGUCAGCCCCAUGUCUGCCGCCAACAUCUCCAUUGCUGCCUUUGUAAAGCAAACUCGAGGUACUGUAUCUCGCAGCUCAUCUGUCUCCAGCGUAAAUUCACCGCAGCAGAGCUCAGCCCGGGCGCGCUCGGUGUGGGAGCAGAGGGCCAGCCAGCUGCGGCUGCAAAAUCUGCGAGCCAGCUGUGAGGCGCUGUACAGCGAAAUGGACCCUGAGGAGCGGCUGCGCUAUGCCACCUCACGCCACUUGCGGCCUGACAUGAAGACACACCUGGACCGGCCACUAGUGGUGGAGCCUGGCCGAGACGGACCGCGGGGUCCCUCGGGGAGCAAAGCCCGACCAGAAGGCACAGAGACCACAGAGGCUACAGAUGCACUGCGACGGCACCACCGGCACCGGGACACAGACAAGGCCCCGGCUGUGCUGCCCUCGGCCACCGAGCAAGACCGGGACCGAGCAGAUGGCACGGAGCCUGGGUCCCGCGAGGAGCGUGCACGUCAACGUCAUAGCCGCAGCAAGGAGGCUGCGGGCAGCCAAGAGGCCCGGGGAGAGCGUGGCCGGUGUCCUGAGGGUGGCAGGCGCCACCACCGCGUUCACCGGCAUGGGCCUGACCCUGGCAAGGACAAGGAUGGUACUGUGGCCAAGGGUGAGCGGCGAGCGCGGCACAGGGGGCCCCGCACGGGCUCCAAGGAGGUGGAAAGCAGUGAGGAGCCUGGGCGUCGGCACCGCACUCGCCACAGGGCACCCCCCUCACAGGAGGCGGUGGAGAAGGACAGCGAGGCCCUGGAAGGGGACAAGGAGAUCCGGAACCACCAGCCCAAGGAAACUCACUGUGACUUGGAGGCUGGUGGACUGAUGGGUGUGGGCACUGUGCACACACUUCCCAGUACCUGUCUCCAGAAGGUGGAGGAACAACCAGAGGAUGCAGACAAUCAGCGGAAUGUCACUCGGAUGGGUGGUCAACCCUCAGACCCAAGCACCACCGUGCAUCCUCCAGUGACACUCACAGGCCCUGCUGGGGAGACCACAGCCGUUCCUAGUGGUAACGUGGACCUGGAAAGCCAAGCAGAGGGGAAGAAGGAAGUGGAAGCUGAUGAUGUGCUGAGGAGUGGCCCCCGGCCCAUUGUCCCGUACAGCUCCAUGUUCUGUCUAAGCCCCACUAACCUGCUUCGUCGCUUCUGCCAUUACAUUGUCACCAUGCGGUACUUCGAGAUGGUCAUCCUUGUAGUCAUUGCCCUGAGCAGCAUUGCCUUGGCUGCUGAGGACCCUGUGCGGACAGAUUCAUCCAGGAACAACGUUCUGAAGUACAUGGAUUACAUCUUCACAGGCGUCUUCACUUUUGAGAUGGUGAUAAAGAUGAUUGAUUUGGGACUGUUGCUCCACCCUGGAUCCUACUUCCGGGACCUGUGGAACAUUCUGGACUUCAUUGUGGUCAGUGGGGCCCUGGUGGCCUUUGCCUUCUCGAGCUUCAUGGGAGGAUCCAAAGGGAAAGAUAUCAACACCAUCAAGUCCCUGAGAGUCCUGCGUGUCCUGAGGCCCCUGAAGACCAUCAAACGGCUGCCUAAGCUUAAGGCUGUGUUCGACUGUGUGGUGAACUCUCUGAAGAAUGUUCUGAACAUCCUGAUUGUUUACAUGCUCUUCAUGUUCAUAUUUGCCGUCAUUGCAGUGCAGCUCUUCAAAGGGAAGUUUUUCUACUGCACUGAUGAAUCUAAGGAGCUGGAGAGGGACUGCAGGGGUCAGUACUUGGAUUAUGAGAAGGAGGAAGUGGAAGCACAACCAAGGCAAUGGAAGAAAUACGACUUCCACUACGACAAUGUGCUCUGGGCCCUGCUGACACUGUUCACGGUGUCCACAGGAGAAGGGUGGCCUAUGGUGCUGAAACACUCCGUGGAUGCCACCUAUGAGGAACAGGGGCCAAGCCCUGGGUUUCGCAUGGAACUCUCCAUCUUCUAUGUGGUCUACUUUGUGGUCUUCCCCUUUUUCUUCGUCAACAUCUUCGUGGCCUUGAUCAUCAUCACUUUCCAGGAGCAGGGGGACAAGGUGAUGUCUGAAUGCAGCCUGGAGAAGAAUGAGAGGGCUUGCAUUGACUUCGCCAUCAGCGCCAAGCCCUUGACUCGGUACAUGCCUCAAAACAGACAGUCAUUCCAGUAUAAGACGUGGACAUUCGUAGUCUCUCCGCCUUUUGAGUACUUCAUCAUGGCCAUGAUAGCUCUUAACACUGUGGUGCUGAUGAUGAAGUUCUACGAUGCACCCUACGAGUAUGAGCUGAUGCUGAAAUGCCUGAACAUUGUGUUCACAUCCAUGUUCUCCAUGGAAUGCGUGCUGAAGAUCAUCGCCUUUGGGGUGCUGAACUAUUUCAGAGAUGCCUGGAAUGUCUUUGACUUUGUCACUGUGUUGGGAAGUAUUACUGAUAUUUUAGUAACAGAGAUUGCGGAAACGAACAACUUCAUCAACCUCAGCUUCCUGCGUCUCUUCAGAGCUGCACGGCUCAUUAAACUGCUCCGCCAAGGCUACACCAUCCGCAUCUUGCUGUGGACUUUUGUCCAGUCCUUCAAGGCGCUGCCCUACGUGUGCCUCCUCAUUGCCAUGCUGUUCUUCAUCUACGCCAUCAUCGGCAUGCAGGUGUUUGGAAAUAUUGCCUUGGAUGACGACACCAGCAUCAACCGGCACAACAACUUCCGGACGUUCUUACAAGCCUUGAUGCUGCUGUUCAGGAGUGCCACGGGGGAGGCCUGGCACGAGAUCAUGCUGUCUUGUCUGAGCAACCGGGCCUGUGAUCUGCAUGCCAAUGCCAGCGAGUGUGGGAGUGACUUUGCCUACUUUUACUUCGUAUCCUUUAUCUUCCUUUGCUCCUUUCUGAUGUUGAACCUCUUUGUGGCUGUGAUCAUGGAUAAUUUUGAGUACCUCACGCGGGACUCUUCCAUCCUAGGGCCUCACCACCUGGACGAGUUCAUCCGGGUCUGGGCUGAGUACGACCCGGCUGCGUGUGGGCGCAUCAGUUACAAUGACAUGUUUGAAAUGCUGAAACACAUGUCCCCACCUCUGGGGCUGGGGAAGAAAUGCCCUGCUCGAGUUGCAUACAAGCUGGGACAAAACAGCACCAGUGUGAUGCAGAGCUGAGGAAGGAGAUCUCCUCUGUGUGGGCCAAUCUGCCCCAGAAGACUCUGGACUUACUGGUACCACCUCACAAGCCUGAUGAGAUGACAGUGGGGAAAGUCUAUGCAGCCCUCAUGAUAUUUGACUUUUACAAACAGAACAAAACCACUCGAGACCAGAUUCACCAAGCUCCGGGAGGCCUAUCCCAG